AUGCGUCUUCACUGGCACGUAUCUGUAGUUAAAGAUUACAUCUCCCUCCUCCAACACUUCUUCUUCUCACAAUUAGUUCCACACGCAUCAGACUUCUUCGUGAUCAUCACAUCCAACAUCAUCACACCCGACAACAACAACAACAGCAACAACAGCAACAGCAACGACCCACUCGACAUGGUCUUCGCACGCUUCACCGUCCUCUUCGCGCUGGGUCUCCGCGUCCUGGGUGCUUCGGCCUCUAGGGACCUCCUCGCUUUUCCUCCAGGUCCAGUGGAUUUGAAAGAACUGGAAUCGGCGCUGGCCCGUAUCAAUCUCCAUUUCGCGUCCCUCCCGUCGGUCAAUAGCUCUACCGCCACCUCCGACUUUGCCUCCUCUGCCCGCGAGAUCAUGAACAGACAAGCCACUGACAUCGCCACUGACAUCGCCACCGACAUCGCCACCGACAUCGCCACCGACAUCGCCAACGAGGACGCAAUAGCCACCACCCUCGUGACCAAGACUGUCCCACCCGCCUUCCCCUUCACCCUCGGCCUCGCCACCCCGGUCCCCACCCCAGCCACCGUCGAAACCGACUUAGAAGGCGCCUGGAAGAUAGAGCUCUACCAAACCUACAUCUACAUCGAAAAACUCGAGCACCUCUUACACAAUAUUCGCAAGCACAACCGAUGGUGUGGAGAUCUCAACGACCCUUCGACCUGCAAAGUCGUACCCCUCGACCCGCCAGCCGAGUGGCUGAUCGUCAAUCGCAAGGACCUGAUGAAAUGGUGCACGGAUCGUUUGGAGCCCUGCCGCGUGCGCGUUGCGGCUUUGAAGCAGUUUUUGCACCAGCCCGAUCGGCCGUUGUGUACUUUGCCGGGAACGGAGUAUACGUUCCUGUAUGUGAAUAGCUGGCCUUUUUGCCAUGUUACUCUUCAUCCGGAUGAGUGGUGA